AUGCUAGUAAAAAGUGAACUCUUCAUGCAGGGUACUCAUCAGCGCCAGGUUCUGUUCAGCCAGGGCAUGGUCCACUGCUACAACAUCAUCACACACACACACACACUCAUAUGCAUGGACACACACACGCAAGGUCAACCACAUGCAGAGUGAAGGCCACUCGGGAGGAGGAUGCCACGGCAUAAACUCAUCGCAUCAGAAAGUGACGUGAGCAUUGAGGUGGAUGAAGGGAAGGAUAAUGAAUUCAGCCUUUACUAUGUGGAAAUGGAGGAAAACUCAAAAGGAGGUAAGGAGAAGCAGACGACGCGAGAUGGCAAACGGAGAAGAGAGAAAAAUGGUGAAGUUAGCAGGAGAAGAGCUUCAGAGAAGAGAACUGAGAUGGGUAAUAAAAGAGCAGAAAAGAAACCUGAGAAACACCACAAAACAGCAAGGAAAGAGGGUGAGAAACACAGAAAAAGGCAAAGAAGAAGGAAUGCUGAUGAAGAGGAGGCAGAGGAAGAAUCCAGCAAAGAGAAAAAGAACAUUAAAAAUGAAAGGACCAAGACGCUAAAACCGGAAGAUGAGAAGGAAAAAGAUGUGAAGAAAAAGAGAAAGAAGCAUGUUAAAAAUGAUGAGGACGAUGCAAAUCCUCGAAAGACAAAACCGAAAGAUUGUCGAGACGUUACCUUGAAGGAAAAGGAAAAGAAAAAGAAAACAAAGAAGCCAGAGACUACCUCAGAAUCUGAGUCACAAUCUGAACCGAACUCUGACUCCGAGUCGAAAGACAAUCAGGCGGUGGGAGUUUUGGGGUCUCUGUCCCCAGAGGAGCUGGAAAAGUUAAAAGAAGCAGUGGACGAAAGGAAAAAGCUGAUAACCACACUAAAAGGAAAACCCUGGCCCAUGAAGAAAAAACUAAUUGUCCUUAGAGAGUCGCAGGAGUUUGUGGAGAAAUAUGAAGGGGCUUUGGGGAAAGGCAAAGGCAGGAAGCUGUACGCCUACAAGGUCAUGAUGAUGAAGAAAUGGACGAAGUUUCAACGUGAUCUUGAGAACUUCAAGACUGCCUGCAUCCCGUGGGAGAUGAAGAUAAAGGAAAUAGAAAGUCAUUUUGGUUCGUCAGUUGCCUCUUACUUUAUAUUUCUGAGGUGGAUGUAUGGCAUCAAUAUGAUUUUAUUUGGACUAACGUUUGGGUUAGUAAUGGUUCCAGAGGCUCUUAUGGGAAAACCAUAUGGUAGUAUGCCCAGGAAGACAGUUCCCAGAGAGGAAGAGGCCAGUGCUAUGAAUUUUGCAGUCUUGUGGGAUUUUGGGGGCUAUGCAAAGUACUCUGUUCUCUUCUAUGGCUACUACAAUAACCAGCGGGCCAUUGGUUGGCUCAAAUUUCGCAUGCCCCUGUCCUACUUCCUGGUGGGUGUGGGUACAGUGGCGUACAGCUACAUGGUGGUAAUCAGGACCAUGGCCCGAAAUGCCAAUGAAGAAGGUGGCGGAGAUGACACCAGUUUUAAUUUCAGUUGGAAGACAUUCACUAGUUGGGAUUACCUCAUUGGAAAUCCUGAGACGGCAGACAACAAGUUUGCGUCCAUCACCACUAGUUUCAAGGAGGCCAUUGUGGAGGAGCAAGAGAGCAGAAAAGAUGACAACAUCCACCUGACAAGAUUCCUUAGAGUGCUGGCCAACUUCCUGGUGCUCUGCUGUCUGGCGGGGAGUGGGUACUUGAUCUACUUUGUAGUACGCAGGUCUCAGAAGUUUGCUCUGGAGGGACUGGAGAACCACAGCUGGUGGGAGAGGAAUGAGGUGAACAUGGUGAUGUCUCUGUUGGGAAUGUUCUGUCCGAUGCUGUUCGAUGUGAUCAGCACUUUAGAGAACUAUCAUCCACGCAUCGCCCUCCAGUGGCAGCUGGGACGGAUAUUUGCCCUUUUCCUGGGGAACCUCUACACGUUCAUCAUCGCUCUCAUGGAUGCCAUCCAGCUAAAGAGGGCAGAAGAGGAGAUUGUGAAGAAAAAUAUGACAAUCUGGCAGGCUAACCUGUACAACGGGACUGUGCCUGAUAACUCAACUGCUCCUCCGAUCACAGUGCACCCUGCUGAUGUUCCCAGAGGGCCUUGCUGGGAGACAAUGGUUGGACAGGAGUUUGUUCGCCUCAUCAUUUCUGAUACAAUGACUACUUACAUCACUCUUCUUAUUGGGGAUUUCCUCCGAGCCGUAUUGGUGCGAUUCCUAAACAACUGCUGGUGCUGGGAUCUGGAGUAUGGCUUUCCGUCCUAUUCAGAGUUUGACGUCAGUGGGAAUGUUCUGGGACUGAUCUUCAAUCAGGGAAUGAUCUGGAUGGGGGCAUUCUACGCUCCAUGUCUUCCGGCAUUGAAUCUUCUCCGGCUUCAUGUGUCCAUGUACCUGCAGUGUUGGGCGGUGAUGUGUUGUAAUGUGCCUCAGGAACGGGUCUUUAAAGCUUCGGGCUCCAAUAACUUCUACAUGGCCAUGCUGCUAGUCAUCCUCUUCCUCUCUACGCUGCCAGCCAUAUACACCAUUGUCUCCAUACCUCCCUCCUUUGACUGUGGACCUUUCAGUGGGAAAAACCGCAUGUUUGACGUGAUUCAGGAGACCCUGGAGACAGACUUUCCUGCCUGGUUCAGUAAAGUAUUCAGUUACGCCUCGAACCCAGGGCUGGUGCUGCCCUUUCUUCUGCUCCUGGUUCUUGCGAUAUAUUAUCUGCAGUCCACUUCUAAAACAUACAAAAGGGUAAACAUGGAGCUGAAAAAGAAGCUUCAAACUCAAAAUGAAGAAAACAAGAAAAAGAACAAACUCGCAGCCUUAAAAGCAGCCAAUGAACUGGAGCAGGCGAGGAAAGCAGGAGAACAACACAGCAACAGCGCCUCCGAUUUGGGUGAGAAUGCUCAAAACUCUGAACCUCCCGUCUCAUCGACCCACGCAACUACCAGACCCCCUGCAUCUCGGAGCCACGCAGCAUCUGGACAUCUUCCAGGUCACCCACAGCAGCCACAGAAAAACUCUUACUCCAACAGGAGAUAAACAGCACAGAUGUAAAUAGAUAAACGAAUCUGUAUGUUGCAUGCACAACAUUUGGCACUUAUAUGAACAUUUUUAUUUCUUGCUGAUGCGGUAUAAAUCCUGUGCCCGCAGCACAUAUCAUGAAUGUCUCAGAGGAGCUCAAAGACUUGGUGGCUAUGUAACUCUAGAAUGAUAAGUCUUAUCUCUGUGAAAGAGAAAUGACUGCUCUUGUUACACGCAGGCCAAA